AUGAUUGCUGCGGCCGGGGCUGGCCUCACCCCAGACAGGGCAGAAAUGCACUCUUUCCCACGCCUUGACAGCGAUGCUUCCUCGCUAGGGCCACGGCCCGCGACCGCACUUUCCGGAACCACCCUCGGGUCGAUGCCCAACAAUGUUCCCGAACGGUCCUCCUCAGCCGCCGCCGGCGAGAUCGGUGGUCAGAUACCUGCGCGAGGGAAGAUGGAGAGGAGGCACAGUGGCAAGUCCCGACGCGACCAUGCGCAUCACCACUCGCACUCUUCGCGCCACAAAGACGAGCAAAAGACCGUUGGCGAAUACGCCCUCCAUGUCUUGUUCACGUCCUUCAUCGCGCAGGCGGAGGAGAAGUUGAACGAAUGCAUCACCGUCCCGUUCGAGCCAGAGCCACAUGUAGAGGAGAUAUGCGGACCCGGGAGAGACCCCGGCUUUGACCAGCUCAUUGUGGCCCUCGGCCACAUAGCUAAGCAAAAGCCCAGACCGCUGAUUGACUCGAUGAUGCUCUGGAGAAAAAGCAAGAGCGACGCGGCCAACGAGGCCCGGACCCAACUCCAGCAGUCGCGGGUCUACCCUCCUCCUCCCGGACCGCUGCAGAGGCGUAACACAGAGCCGAUGCAGCCGGCCGCGGGGGGCGCCGCCCCAGAGACUCACCCCGGCGGCCAGAUGUCGCUAGCUGCAAAGCAAGAAUACGUUGCCCAGGCCGAGCGCCGUUCGACCGUCUCCAUUUACGUGCUCUGCCGCGUCCUCCUCGAGGUGUGGGCGCAGAGCACGCUCGCUUCCAUCACUCCGGAAAUGGAGGACAAGCUUGAGAACAUUAUAUUCGGCCAGCUCAAGAUUUCCGAUACUGAACAACUCAUGGUCUCGCCCUUGAAACUGUCUAAUUGGAAUCUCUUCGCCCAGCUCAUGGGCGUCAUGAGCGAGAUCAGCUUCACCACCGUGACCGACCGCUUCACUGCCGAUCUCGACCGCUCGUUGCAAGAGCUAAAUGCCAAGGCCCCGUCCUCGUCACCUCGGGAUCUUGAGAGCAAGAUGGAACUCGUGCUGGGAGGGAUGAAGCAUCUCCGCAUAAAAACCUCCCCGGAGGAUGCUUGGGACCGGUCCUGUGAGUUUCUGGCCACCCUCGGGAAGCUGUUCAGCCGCUCCCACGGACCCAAGGUAAAAUCGGCCUUCUGCCAGGUUUUCGAGAUGCUCGUGCUUCCCAUAGCCGCCAAGGCGACCAACAGCGACAUCGCGCAUGCGAAGUGGAACGAAGUGCUGGCCACGGUUGGACCCCGGCUGGCGCAGAUGUUUGUUAAACCGCGCCACUGGCAGUGCACCUUUCCCCUAACCGCCACCAUGUUGUGCGUCUCUCCGCCCGAUACGUUUGUUAGUCAAUGGCUGCAGUUGAUCUACCCACUACAACCGCGGCUCAAGGACCGCUCCACUCGGCCGCUCUGCUUGCAGGUCAUCUCGAGGCUCGUGUGGACCUAUCUCUACCGCGCCAACGACAGCUCCUCGAGCAUGACCAGGAGGCUGGACGAGAUCUUGAAGACCGUUCUCCCCAAUGCCAAGAGGACCUUGAUUGCCACAGACAAUGCCAUCAUCGACCCGCUGAUUCAGAUCAUCAGAUUCAUUGGUUAUAAACACCCGGAGUAUUGCUUCCGAACCAUCAUCUUCCCUCUGGUCAAUGCCGACCUCUUCACAUCUAACAAGGAGCUCAAGAUCGAGCAGCUUGACCCGGACCGGAUCGUCGUUGGGAUCCGGGCCUUCCUCACCAUCAUGUCGGACCUCGAAAAGGGUGACAAGGGCCGGCCUCCGUUCCCGCAGUCGUAUGCGCCCCCGCCUCCUUUCCCUGAUCGUGUACCCCCGACGUCGCCCGUUUUUGGUUCGCCGCGUGACCUUCCCUCCGUUGCCUGGGCGGCCUUGUCGGGCGGCGAGAGACUGUCGAAGCCAGUCUCAGUUUCCGCGCUCUCCGAGAACGUCAGGGACUACUACUCCCGAUUCUGCGAGAUCCUUGGCAAGAUCAGCAUCAUCUGCGACAACACAUUUGGCGGACAGGCUGCUCUAGAUGAGAAAUUUGACAAGAUAGAAAAGUUCAACAGCCCAGGACCCAAAACACCCAUCACCGACACCUUCAACUUCGCGCGCCGGGACGAUCACCCCAACCCUCAUGACCAGAAACAAGCCUUCUACGAACUCCUCCAUGUAGCUGUUCAAGCCCUCCCGCGGUGUCUGUCAUCCGAUAUACCUUUCAACACUCUCAUCAACCUUCUCUGCACUGGAACGGCGCAUGUCCAACACAACAUCGCAGAGUCAUCGGCGCAGUCUCUCAAGGCCAUUGCCCGCCAGUCACAUGCUCAUCAAGUGACGAUGGGGUUUGCGCGCUUCAUCUUCAACUUUGAUGACCGCUACUCUACCAUGUCGGAUGGGGGUAUGCUGGGACCGGGACACAUCGAGAAGACUCUCAAGUUAUACAUCGAGCUCCUUCACAUCUGGAUCGAGGAGAUCAAGCAGAAAACCAAAAACGCCGCAGAUGAGAGCGGCGAAUCCAGCGUCGCUGACAAGAGAAGUAUCAAACUGGAUCUGUCGAGCGUAUGGGCAGAAGUCGACCAAGUGGAAGCACACGGAUUGUUCUUCCUUUGCUCCCAAUCUCGGAGCGUGCGGUUCUACGCCGUUAAUGUUCUGCGCCUGAUCACUGAUUUUGACGCCGUCUUAAGGAAGCCUAGCGGUCGCGAGAAGGACACCCCAAGACUUAUCGACAUUCUCGAGAACGACUCGAUGCAGGUCAUGAGUUUCAACGAUGAGCAACUUUCCGUAGCUGAGCGGAGCAGGCUGCAGCGAGGGAUGCAAAACACAAACAGUCAAGGGGCCCUGGUCGAGCUCUGCACCAGCGAAGUUUCGUACGAUACCACAUUGUGGUUCAAGAUCUUCCCCAACUUUAUCCGCAUCGCCUUCGACAAGUGCCCUUUCGCCAUCACACUGAGCCGUGAUCUCAUUUGCGAGCGGAUACUUCAGUUGUACAAGGUCAUCACGGUACUGUCAGAGCCACCGCGUGAACACCGCGGCCAAUUUUAUGCGGAGCCCAGCAGUGCUCGCAUGACGGGGAAGACCCCGACGACGCAUCCGGGGGUUGUCAUAGAACAGUGGAAGCUCUAUCUUGUUUUUGCUUGUACCACCCUCGCAGAUCCUGGCAGCGCCCAGCCCAGUGGAGCACAGAACGGCCAACACGGUCGAAAGGGAUCCAAGUCGUCUUCAGCGGCUGAAAAGAUCGGUUCAGCAAGGACCCUCUUCAAGUAUCUGAACCCCAUGCUUUCUGCCUCGUCUGCGCCCAUUCGGGAGGCGGUGGUCAUCGCCAUGGGGUCCAUCAAUAUCCACAUUUACCGCACACUGCUUGAAGAGCUUCAGGGGCAGGUGUCCCGCUGCAACGAUGACGCGCGGCAACGCAUUCACCAGCGUACGAACAGCAGUCCGCGGCGGAAUCGCAAGAUGGAUAUCCUGCGAACCGAAAUCACUCAUGUGUACAAACUCACGUCCCAUUUCGUGCGUGAGCCCCAGGUCUAUCAGGACGACUGGGUCCUAAACAAUCUAGUCGCAUAUGCCAAAGAUUUGAAGAUCUUCCUAAUGGACGGCGAGGUUCAAAUGGACUGGGAGUUCCAGAAAUUGCGACGGCAUUACUGCGGCCUCAUGGAGGAGCUUUUCGAAGGCAUCAAUCGGACAAAAGAACCCUCUCGGUGGAUGACAUUCGAAGCUCGGAAAUCAGCGUUUGCCCUGAUGGAGGAUUGGUGCGGUUUUUCCCCCAACCAGCCACAGAUACGGCAGAGGGAGAACAACAUGAGGCAAUCCAUAAUCGACCAAAAGACGGCGGGCGAGCGUGGCAACGUCACAGCAGCCAUGGAGAUCGAGAAAAGAAAUCUGCGAACGGCAGCGCUAAGCGCCAUGGGGGCGCUCUGCGGCGGGCCCAUCAGCGCCACCACAGACAGCGGCGCAUCCCUCCAGUUCGACGUUCGAAGGAUGCUGGCCUGGAUUGAAGCCAUCUUCAAUUCGGGGAGCGAUCGCAUGAAUGUGAUCGGCAAGAUGGCCCUCAAGAACCUGAUACUCCUCGGCCUCUGCCUCUUUAUGCUCGGCAAUGACCAGAGUGCUAUCAGGUCAAGAGCCGCCCAUCUCUUGAAAGCGCUCGAGGAACGGCAGCCGCAACCCCGGAGCUCCAAGAUCCAGGAUUUCGACAUCAGCAUAUCGGACAAGACCAAGGCGGUCUAUAAAUUGGCCCAGUUCGAAAUAUCCAAGCGGCUGGCAAAGCAACACACGGAACUGGCGUUUCACAUUUUCUCCGAGUUCACGUUCUAUUUCAAGGAUCAGCAAGCCGGUGCUCAGAGGAACGUGAUCGCCGUUAUCCUCCCGUGGAUCCAAGCCGUCGAGCUCAAGGUCGAUCCGAAUGGGGGGCCCAUUGCACAGUCAUAUGUUCUCCUUGCCAACCUGCUCGAGAUCACAAUCAAAUCCAGCGCGGCUUUGCACAACGAGGUACAGGCGCUCUGGCAAGCGUUGGCGACGGGGCCGCAUCCUGGAAAUGUGCGGCUGGUCCUGGACUUUAUCAUGUCCCUGUGCUUAGAGCGGCGAGAGCAAAAUUUUGUCGAGUACGCGAAGCAGAUCGUCGUCUUCCUCGCAAGCACCAACAGCACGCCGAGCAACAGGGUGAUCGAGUUCCUGCUGCUUCAGAUCACGCCCAAAGCCAUGGUGCCCAACGAGAAGCGGGAGACAAUACCGCCUCCUCCCGACAUCAACGUGCUCCCCUACUGCGCAGAUCUUUCGGAAGCUCUCCCUGUCGGUACCAAGCAAGCUGGGUUCUCCCUUGGCCAGCUGUCUCUCAUCCUCCUAGUUGAUCUUAUGGUGGCGCCUGUUAGCCUCGCCGCGGACAACGUCCCGGUUCUAUUGCAGGUGGUCACGGUGCUCUGGGACCAUUACACGCCGCUUGUUCAGGAGCAGGCUCGCGAAAUGCUGGUGCAUCUCAUUCACGAGCUUGUCAUCUCCAAUAUCGACGACAACACGCCGGCGACCACCAAGCAGUGGAUCGAGAGUCUGGUUGAUGCUAUCCGGCGCCAUGACAGGUCCGUCGUGUGGGGCUACGAGGACAGCAACGGGAAGGUGGACGGUCACGACAACAAGGUGCCCCCGAGCAUGGAAUAUCUCACAGCCGAGGUCGUCAAGACGUUCGAGCUCACUUUCCCCGGCAUCAAAGAUCAAUGGGGCAGACUUUCUCUUACCUGGGCGACUUCCUGCCCAGUCAGACACCUUGCCUGCCGGUCCUUCCAGAUCUUCAGGUGUAUCCUGACAUCACUCGAUCAAUACAUGCUCGGAGACAUGCUCGCCCGUCUGUCCAACACCAUCGCAGAUGAGGACACCGAGAUCCAGACAUUCUCGAUGGAAAUACUCACCACACUCAAGACGCUGAUUGUGAAGGUCGAUGCCGACAAGCUUCUGGCUCUUCCACAACUCUUCUGGACCACCUGCGCCUGUCUUGAGUCCAUCAACGAGUGCGAAUUCCUUGAAGGAGUCGAGAUGCUCAACGAGUUUCUCAACAAGCUUGACUUCCAUUCUCCCACCGUGCGGCGAUUGCUGUACGAUGGCCAGCCGUCCAAGUGGGAUGGGCCUUUCGAGGGCCUGCAGCCGUUACUUUACAAGGGCCUACGCUCGUCGGCCUGUUAUGACCUGACGCUGAAAACUCUUGAGAGGCUUAUCCAGCUACCAAGUGAUUCCUUGGUCGGCGAUGACAGUCGUCUGUUUUUCACAAUCAUUGCCAACCUUCCCUACUUUUUGCACACCGCCGACCAACAGUUCCUCGACCGCGGGGUUGUGCAAACAGCGGAGAUUCUCAUGGCGGCGGCGGACGAGCAGAGCUUGACGAGCGUGUCUGUGGUGCUGGAUAAUUAUCUAGGGGCCAGAUAUCCGGAUGGGAGCGACUUUGCCGCGCAAAUGAUCGAGGCGCUCAGGGAGCGGUUUUUGCCCACGCUGGAUUGCCAAAUGAUCACCAUGCUGAUGGGAUUCCUCACAAACGGAACGUCAUGGGUUAAGAUCAAGACGAUGAGAAUCCUACGCGCGAUCAUCCCAGAGGUGGACAUGAAGAAACCGGAGAUUGCGAGCCACGGCUCCGAUAUGAUCUCGCCCCUCCUACGACUAUUGCAGACGGAGUACUGCAUGGAAGCGCUGGAGGUACUGGACAACAUCAUGACCAUGUCUGGGUCGUCCAUGGACAAGCACCAUCUCCGCAUGAGCAUGACGCGGCCGACAUCCAAGGCGGUCCGGAAGGAGUAUGAGCGCACGCAGAGCCUGUUCGGCAUUCCGGAACCGUCAGGAUGGGCGAUUCCCAUGCCUGCGCGCAAGACGGACUCGACGCGGGCCAAUAUUCAUGCUGCUUUCUACAUGUGUCAGAGCGACGAGGGCGUCGUCGCGCAGCCGGCCAUGACGCCCGAGGUGGAGUUCCACACGGACGAUUUCCCAUAUGGGUUCUUCCCGGGUUCUUUUGAGAGGGCGGAUACGAUGAUGUCGGACGACGGGCGAGUGGACGCACCCAUGGGAGACCUCUUCUCGAAGCUCGACAGCCUGGACGAUUUCUUCGACGACGUGUCAACCAGCCCGCCGAGCGACGGCCGAUCGUCGCGGACGGUCACCGAGUUCACACCAGACACGUUCGAGUCCGGCGCGCAGCUAUACGACGAGCAGAUCCUCCCCAUUCUACACCAGGCGUCCAACAACAGCAGCACAUCCUUUCAGAAUGGAUUCGCAGACCGACCCAUUUACAUGCCGCGUGAAGGAGGCGGAGGCGCAGGAGCGGCUAGCAACACGAUGAACCCAGGUGCUUUCAACGUCGGCGUCGGUGGCAGCGGCGCACCCAAUCACAAUAACCAUAACCACAACCACCAAACCAACAACGGCAACAACAUCGUCACAACCACCAUCACCCCGCUCAACCGGCCCGGCCUGCACGCCCGCUCCAUCACAUCCCCCUCCGCACCCGCCUCCUACCAUGCGCAGCUGGCGGCAGCUGGCGACUUCACGUCGGACGACGAGUUCCCGGAGGAUGUCUUCUCGGACGGCGACGACGAGCGGCCCAGCACAGCCAACGGUGACGGGCCCGGCGGCGGCUCCUUCUUCCUGGAGAACGUCAUCCGGCCGUUGACGCAGGGCACGCGCUCGCGCAUGCGUCGCAUGACCGGCGGCAGGUCGCGCGAUGGCGGGUUUCCCUUUCAUCCGCCACAACAGCAGCAGCAGUAUCCAGGUCAGGGCCAGGGCCAGUACCAGUACCAGCCGGGCCCGGCUUCGUCGGUGACUGUGACUUCGCCGUCGAGUGGAGGGGGUGGGUCGCUAUCGGCUUCGCCUCAACAGGCGGGCAGCGGCCAGCAGCAGCAGGGGGGGAGGUUGAAGGGAGCGGGGGAUUUUUUACAGUUGGGGCAUUGA